GUGGAUGUUCUAGAGAAGGUUGAUCUGGUAAGCCGCCCGCCUACAGAAGAGGUGGUAACCCGCGGGGAGCUGCGCGCGCUCUUUGAGACAAAGUCCCGCCCCAAGCACUACAUCGGCCUGGAGAUCUCCGGCCGCCUGCACCUGGGAAGCCUGGUUACCACCGGAUUCAAGAUCAAUGACUUCAUCCGGGCCGGCGUGGACUGCACGGUGUUCCUGGCAGACUGGCACACGCUGAUCAACGACAAGAUGGGCGGGGAUCAGGAUCUGAUCCUGCGCGUCUCCAAGUACUAUGCCGAUGCGUUUCGCAUCGUGUGUCCGGGAGUCAACAUCGUGUUGGGUUCAGACCUGUACGACCUUAGGAAGGAGUACUGGUCGGAGCUGGUCCGCUUCACAAAACACAUGUCGCUGGCAAGAACGAUGAGGACGCUGACCAUUAUGGGGAGGACCGAGGGCGAGGACAAGAUAGAUCUGGCAAGGCUGCUGUAUCCGCCCAUGCAGGCCACCGACAUUCAUUUUCUUGAUGCCGAUAUUGCGCACGCCGGUAUGGACCAGAGAAAGAUCCACAUGCUGGCCCGGGAGAUCUUUCCCAAGAUGGGCUGGAGCGUGCCUGUGGCGGUACACCACAGGCUUCUUCCGGGACUCAUCCGGCGGCCCGACGGCCAGGACAUCGGAAAGAUGUCCAAGACGGAUCCGGGCAACAGCAUAUCCGUUCACGACUCAGAUGACGUGAUUCAGUCAAAGGUAAGAAAGGCCUGGUGUGAGCAGGGAGUCGUGGAAGGGAAUCCGCCCCUUGCCAUAUGCAGGGAUAUCAUAUUCCACAGGUUUGGCAGUGUUACAAUAGAGCGGCCUGCAAAGUUUGGCGGCGAUGCCACCUUUGGCAGCUAUGACAGUCUGGAGGCGGAGUUCGGAGCAGGCAGGAUCCAUCCCAUGGACCUCAAACAGACCGUGGCACGGUACCUGACAGAGAUCAUCGGGCCCAUAAGGGACAAGCUGGUCUUGGGCGACGAUCUGACGGAUACGGUAAAGCCUGCCUAG